AUAUUUUGUGUGUGUGUCGAACCUCUCCAUACGAACAGCUGUCAGCGGUGUAAAUAAAAUAUUUUCGAGCCAAAAUCAAACAUCGUAAAAUCACUCCAACCAGAUAAUUAUGUUGAAAUAAUGGAGGGAAUAUUAUGGAAAUGGACGAACUACUGGAACGGCUGGCAAACUCGUUGGUUCGUGUUGGAAAACGGCAAUCUAACAUAUUAUAAGUCUCAAGAAGAAGUCGCUCAGGGCUGCAAAGGUUCUCUCAAAGUACAGGCCUGUGAGAUCAAUGUUCACUCAAUUGAUACCACACGUCUCGAUCUCGUGAUCCCGGGAGAGCAACACAUUUAUCUCAAAGCUGCCACUUCACAAGAGAGACAACAAUGGCUCGUUGCACUAGGAAGUGCUAAGGCUUGUGUCCAUGGACACAGAAAGGAUGCCAGUGAGUCUAAAGUUAAUAGUUAUGAUGGAAAUCCAGAUGAACUUAGGACAAAAAAAUCUGAACUCCGAGUAUACUGUGACCUACUGAUGCAGCAAGUACAUGUAUUAAAAACAUUUUCUCAAAAUUCUGAACAGUUUGAUGAUGGUAAUAAUGAUCAAGUCAAGCCUGAUGCAGAAAAACUGGAUGAUGCCACAAGAUUAUUAGGAGCCACUUGUGAUACUUUUAUUAAGACUUUAGAAGAAUGCAUGCAAUUGGCAAAUGCUAAUGUAGUUUAUGACUUAACACAUAAAAAUGAUGGAAUUCUCUUACCCAAUGCAACAAAUCCAGCCACAAAGAAGAAAACUAUGAACAGAACAAAUUCAACAGACUCGAACUAAAAAUAUGUCUUUCUACUUAAUGUUAGUAAUACAAAAUUGAAUCCUAUAGUUUUGUUAUUUUUCUUUGUUAAAGAUCUCUAUUGUAAAAUAUUGUUUUAUAAUUUUA